UGCUACAUGUACAUGAUAUGAAACAUAUUUAUGUACUCAACAUGAGUAAGUAUUAAAAAAUAUGAAUUUAAGUAAGUUUCAGAAACAAAUAAGAUAUUUAUGUAUAUAACAAAUAAAGAAUCACACAACACUCAUUAACUUGAUUUGUCAAUAUAUUUUGAAAUAUACUUUGCUCACCAAUAUGAGGCGUAAAUCUUUGUAUUAGUGAUCAAUAUUAAAAUAUAAACAAAGUUUUCACGCACUAUAAAUAAUAGUUUGCAUUGCGGGACAUUCGACGCUUAAUUAUGUAAUGAACGAAACAAUUUAUCACUAGAGUAGGUGAUUUCAUGUAAUAAAUAACGUCUUGUAAUUAGAUAGUAUCGUGAUCAGUAAAUACGUAGCAUUAACUCUAGGAAGAGCCGGAAGGGCUUUCUCUGAGUUAACAAAAUACGUAAAGAUGGCUGAAGAAAGUGACAGGAGUCAAUUGCCACCCGGUUGGGAAUGCAGAUACGAUUGUCGUAGUGGACGUCCAUAUUUCAUAAAUCAUUUUAAUCGAUCGACAACAUGGGAAGACCCAAGAGUAAGGUAUUGGCAGUAUGCUCAGUAUGUACAAUCACAAAAUUCAAUGGCACUGAGUUCUGCUACAACUUCUCAAGAUAUACCCAUGCAGUCCGGAGGAAAUGGAGGUGGUGGACAUUUAGGUUAUGCAGGGGCUCACAGAGCACCGCAAAUCUAUCCAACACCGUCUCCCUAUCUUAAUCCACAAUUUGCGUUUUUACCUCCUAGUUUACAGGAGCUGAAAACUCCAUUAUCACUGAAAUCAGUUAGCGCAAUGACAAACAGAUUUGGAGAUAUGACAAUAGGAUCACCAACACCAAUAAGGAACAUGGAGACAAGUUUAACACAAAAUUCAGAUUCUGAGCUACAAGUUGCUACAAUCAAUGCCAUGUUUCCAACAGUCUCUGACAUCCACAUUCGAUUUCUUUUAAGAAAAUACCAUAACAGACCAGCUUUGGUUGUCAGCGCUCUUCAAGUGGAAAAGAAUCCCCUGUGUGCUCCAGGACCAUGCACACCUAUUGGAGUGCACUCAAACUAUGCAAUACCAAGAUGGCGAUUACCGGCUCAUGCUAUACAUGCAGCUCUAACAUUGAGUCCACCUCGGGGGUUCCGGCCAGCCCCCAACUCCCCAAAAAUGAAACUUAGGUACCUGAAAAAUAUAUUUCCAAAGGUGGAAGAGACUAUGUUGCUUGACAUUUUGGAACAAAGCGAUAAUAAUGUUCAAAAAGCUUCUGAAAAACUGAUUGAUCUAGGCUAUGAGAAGCGAAACCCUACAGCCCCUAAAUCAUUGACAAAAAGAAGGGAAGAAGAACAGGCAAAGAAUGAACAAACUGCACCUACUCCACCACCACGUAUGAAGAGUUUAGAAGAGAAAAAUAAAAUGAAAGCACGAUUAAUGGAAAAAUAUAAGUCAGUACCAGAAAGAGUAAUAGUUCUUGCUAUGGAUAGUGUUGAUUAUGAUGAGGAAAGAGCAAUACAUAUAUUGAGCAUUAUGGUUACAGAAGAAGCUACGAAACCGCUCUGUACAUCCAGUAGCCAGAGCAGUAGAAGUGAUGAAAGGAAAGACAGUCCACCAAUAACUGAAGCUGUAAAAUUAACUGCAUCACCAAUUAAGAAAGUAGUGAAGGACGUAGAGUCGGAAAAAUCUAAACGAUCUAAAAAUAAGAUAGAAAUACCAAAAGUUUCUCGAGGAACCAGUACCACAGAAGAUAAUGAAUAUAAGUCUCCAUAUUUGACAAAACCUGUAGGACCAAACCCUGAUUUACCGAAAGGAGCUAAUAACGACUUACUUUUACCUGACUAUGCACCAUGGUCAGGACCAGAUCCAAAUUUAUUGACAAACGAAACAUUCAGCAAAACAGUAGCAAAUGGACAUGAUACAAAUUUGGUUUCUGGAAGUCGUUAUGUUGCCAAAGGUCCUAAUCCAGAAUUGAGGAAAGGUCCACUACGAGGAUUAACUCAAGGUUCCAUUUAUUCUCAAAGAAAUGUGGCUAAUACAGAAAGUCGUGGUAAAUGAAACAUAUGUAAUUGCUUUUUUCUUAAUUUUUACAUUUGUUAAAAAAAAAUUAUUGUUAUGUUUUAAUUUCAUAUAAAUCGUAUUUUUUCGUUUAACAUGUUCAUAUAAAUUAUAUAAUUUUUUAAGUAUAAAUAAGUAACUGAUGAUCGUUAAUCAAUUGAAGUAUCAGUUUUGCAAUGUUUUAUUUGUUUAGUAAGAAGUUUCUUUUAAAAAUAAUAUCACUUUAGGUAAGUAAUUAUUGGUAGGUUCUAUAUUUGACUCAUUGCUUAUAUUGACGUUAUGUCAAUAAAUAAGUACUUACUUGUUAUGUUCAAUUUGUUGUUAGCAAAUAUUUAUCUUUGAUUAGAUUUUUGUUUGUUUUAAGAUGAUCUUUUUAAUAUAUUAAGUACACAAAAGUAUUUGGCAAAAUAAUGUUUACAAAGUAGUAAAUAAGUUAUUAUUACAAAAUGUGCAAAGAAGUGUUCAAAUUUACUUACAUAUACUCUUUAUAUUGUUUAAAAAAUAUAUCACAUUAUCAUACUCUUUUAUUAGUUAUCAAUUUGAGAGUAUUCUAAUGCUUCCAUUUGUGACAUAUCUUGUCGAUCGUAAUAUGUACAUAAAUGUGUCCAAAUUUUUACAUAUUGACAAAAUAAUUUGAAAGAAUUUCUGUUUUGCCUGUAAAAAUGUCCAAAUUCAUUGUAUAUGAAGAUGAAAUUAUUGACGAACUUCUUUGCAAAUAUGAACGAAGUUUCUAAUCGUUUUAAUUCGAUUACGAUAUGAUGGUAGCUAUAAUAGUUAUAGAAAUUAAUCUUAUGAUUGAACAUUCCAUAGUAGGGCUUUCCAUCCUGCAACACUUUGCACACUAGUUAGUCAUGUAAUAAGGUUAUGUACUAUUAAUAACUAAAGGCAAACAAUGGAUUAUAAAGUAAAGUAUAUGAAUCAAUAUACAUAUAUUGUAUUACUUUAUAACAUUUUUAUUGGUUUUUCUUAUUGCAUUUUGAAAAAACGUACAUAGUAGUGGUUGGGAAGCCCUGUUCUACAGUAUUAAUACCAAUUUUAGUAUUUGUUGUAUAAUGUAUUUGUAUAAUUUAUUUCUUAAAUUUAAACUUAAAUAAUUACCUUAUCUUAAGGAAACAAGCGUUGAAAUAUAUUGAAGUCAAUUACAAAAUUAAAGCAUUAAGUAUAAUAGAAAUUCAUUGAUUGUAUUAUGUAUCUAUACUGAAAGUACGAAAGAACGAAAGUACUUAACCUCAUACGUUUACACGAGGUAUUCAUAUAAUGAUUGAGUUCUUUGAAAAAGGCAAAUAUUUAUCUUAUUACAGAUGCCUGGAUAACUUAUAAUUCAACGCAUUCCUUAAGAUCAUAAUAAUUAAAUUAGAUAUCAGAAGUUUAUAACCAGAAUUUAUAUCUAGAGCCAAUACAUCCAGUAUUAUCAAAUGUUUAAAAUAAAUGUAGGCGUAUAUUGAAAUUUACUUAUGCGACAAACAUUCGACAAAUUAAUUAGUUUUUAUAAACUAUAAGAAUUUUGAAUGAUAACAAGUAGAAAUGAUACGAAUACAAAUUUGCAUAUCCAUGAUGCAAACUCCCAGUCGAUUAUUGCAUACAAUAUAGGCCAUAACCAAAGUAGGGUUUCUAAUAAUAAACUAAACAAACAAGAAAAAAAUCUUAAUAUUUAUAUGUGCUGUAAUUAAAUCAAUGUACAGAAGUAUUUUCAUAGCUUAAUCCAAAAUAAUCCUGCCUUUGAGAAAACCUAAUGUUGAAUAAAAAUUAAUAACAUAUGGGCUGUGGCUGAAACAUUAGUUGAGAGCUAUUUUUAUAGCUUUUUAACUCUUAAAGAAACUAGGAAUGAUAAAAUAAUCUAUUUUGACUAUAUUUUGAGUAUUGCCACAUAUUACAUGCAGAACAUUAACAUUAAAGUGGAUGAAUGAAUAUUUCAAUUAGAUUACUAUUAUAAUUGGAUAUUCAAUGCGGAACAUACUCUCGCAUACAAUUGUUUAGAUACACACUGGUUUGGACUUUGUGUAUGGGAUGUAUUGCUGUGGAGUGACUAUUAGUCAUACGUAAAUGGCCAAAUUCGUUUCUAUCGAAACUCUUCCAUCCAAAAAGUCUUUUUUCAAAUACUAUUUUACAAGGUUAUACUAUUCUUUCAAGUUACAUAAAUAUAGAUUAGAUGUUAUAGGAGGUUGUGUGCAAUAGAUGUUAGUUCAAUUAUGCUAUCAUUAAACUAAUAAGUGUAUUUUACCAUAUGAAAUUUGUUGAUCUACGGUGGAUUUUCUGUUAUGUUAAUGACAUAAGAUAUUCAUAUACUCAACCAAUAAUGUUAAAUAUUAAUGGUGUUACCCUAUUUCGCGAUUAAGAUUUCAAGUUCCAAGCAACUUCUCUUACAUAUGCAUUAUUUUAUUUGCAGAAAUAAAACUAUUUUUAACAGAUUUUAUGUGAUAAGAAUACGUGAAAUAUAUUUAGAUAUUUUGAGAAUUAUUUUUUGUUCAAUAUAGUCACUGCAAUAUUGCUAAAAAUCAUGUUUAUCCUGGUAUUUGGGUAAAUGUUUAGGUCGAAAGAUUAUAUUCUAGAUACCUUUAACUAAAUGAUAUACUUAAAAAUGAACAAAAACAACCCAUGACUAGAAAUAUAAACGUGAUGUAAAUGCAGAUGGUAUAUAUUGAAUAUUACAUUAAUGCAAAGUUGUAUUUCAUUGUAUUUACACAUAUCUGUACAAUAAAGACAUCCAUAACCAUU